CAUCAGAAUUCAGACAAGUUCAAUGACUACUUGACUGUGAAUGAGUGUGGAUUGACCGAUUGAAAAGUAAUUUAGAAUUUUCAAUUUAAUUUUAAUGUGAAAUAAUGUGACAAUCAGACAAAGUAAUUAUACGUAUAAGUUUGUUUUCAUAAUGUAACUUGCUUUUUUAAGCUUGUAUACUUAUAUACACUCAUUUAAAAAAUAAUAAAGCAAAAUUUAUUAUUUAAUGUGAGAAAAUAUAUCUUUUUACAACUAUGUCGUCAUUAUUAAGUUAUGAGACGCUUGUUCACGCGGUGGCUGGAGCUACGGGCAGUGUUGUUGGAAUGGCUGCAUUUUACCCUUUAGAUACAUUGAGAUCAAGGAUACAAGUUGACGAUUCUAUUAAACUACAUGGCUCAUCGCUAGAGCUUUUGAUUAAAUUAGCUCAUAAAGAGGGUAUUAUUUCUUUGUAUCGUGGAUUAUAUCCUGUAUUACAAUCUCUGUCUGUAUCAAAUUUUGUUUACUUUUAUACAUUCCAUGCAUUAAGACGAGCUGCCACGAAUAAUACUUCAGCACUAAGAGAUUUAAUGUUUGGAAUGUUAGCUGGUAGUGUCAAUGUUCUUCUUACCUCUCCUCUUUGGGUCGUAAACACCAGGAUGAAGCUUGGAAAAAACUCUUAUUCAAAUCUUCUUAACGGUCUUUACAUUGUUUUUAAGGAAGAAGGUUUUAAGGGUUUAUGGUCAGGUACUGUUCCAUCUCUGUUAUUAGUUUCAAAUCCAGCUAUUCAGUUUAUGGUAUAUGAAUCUUUGAAAAGAAAGUUAGUAUCUAAAGGAUAUUUUGAUUCUUAUACUGCAUUUUUAUUUGGUGCCAUAGCUAAAGCAAUUGCAACAACUCUAACAUAUCCCUUGCAGCUCAUACAAUCAAGACUUAGAGCUGGUACUAGUGUGAAACCUUUGCUCAAAAAUAUGAAAUCAAAACCCCUGACAAUGUUCCGUGGUUUGGAAGCAAAGUUAUUGCAAACUGUUAUGACUGCAGCUUUGAUGUUUUUAAUUUAUGAGAAAGUUGUUCGUUUAGUUUUAACUAUAAUGAGAGUGAAACUAACAAAACAUUAAUUAUAAAUCUACCAAUAUAUAUUUGUAAAUUUUAAUCUCUUUUCAGUAAUAAAUAAUACCAAAAAAAGACAUGUUAUAUUUAUAUAUAACAUUAAUUGACAUACAUUGGUGGCUGGUUGUAAUAUUUUACUUUUUGGAUUUUAAAUCAUUUAAUAAUAUAAUUCUGUGGUUUUAUGGUAAUGAGCUUCGAAGUUAUAUUGCUAAGACAAAAUAACUAAGUGUACCUAAUUUUUUUAAUUAAUAAAAUAUGCAAGGAAAUGUUUAACGUGAAAAUCUAUUCCAUAAAUUAUGAAUAUAUACACGUGUAUUAUUCUAAGCAUAUACUGCUUGUUUAAAAUUACAUAAUGUACACAAUUAUAAUGCAAAUGUUCUUGACACAGUAAAUCCUCUUGGAUUUACAAUGUUAAUAAAAAUAAGGAAGUUGUAAAAUAAGGAAACCAUAAAAUAUGUAUAAUUAUGUAUAGGUAUGCAUUUAUUUUAGUUGAUAAAUUAUUACAAAUUGAAGUAUCUGUGAUUAAAACCAAAUAUUUUUCCUUAAAAUGACAAUUUCUUUUGAUAAUAUAAUGUUAUAAUAUUC